AUGUUCAACGAUCAAGCAGUUAAAGAAUUGGUACAAAAGGUCAACAAGCUGGAAAAAGAAAAAGCUAAAACAGAAUUGGAGCGUGAUAUUCUGAAGAAACAAGUUGAUCGAUUGAUGAAAGCUCAUGAUCAAGUUAGAGAGGCAUUGAUAGAGCAAGAAGAAACAAUGAACAAAAUGAGGGAUGAAGCUCAUGAUAAUUCUAUGUUGUUUGAAUUGUUGACGGCAGAGAUCUCUUCUUUGAAUGUUAAGAUAAAGAACUUAGAAGAUGUGAAUCAAACACUCAAUCAGCUUCUCAGUGAAAUGAGUGAAGCUUCAUCAAAUGAAAUAAAGGCAAUGAAGCUAGAGAUGGAAGCCAUGAAGGCAGAUAAGGUGGUGAAAGAUGAACAACUUCAUAUGUUAUACUCUGUCAUGGAAAGUCAUUUGAAGAUGGAUGUUCAUGUUGCAUUUAAUGAGAUAGAAGUGAAAGGAGCUGAGGAGAGAAGGUUAGAACGCGAAAGACGCUUAGCUGAAGAAGCCACCCAAAAGAACAAAGGUGUGAUUGAUGAUACUCAAGAAACUGGUGGAUCAUCAAGUCAACCUGAUUUUUGUGGUUCUUCAUCACAACAAGAUAUUGAAAUGGUUGAAGUUGUAGAAGUUCAAGAAUAA